GGAACCUACGAUGCGUAAUCUUCGCCACUGGAAUACGUCAUGUAAUUGCCACAUAAGGAGGUAUACGAGAGAGUCUUUUGUGGAAAGACUGGAACGGAAGAUUAGGAGCAAUUCACUCUGCCUUCUGGUGGCGGUGGCCAUGGUGGCUUCUCUUCCUUCUUCUUCUCUCUUCUCUCUUCAAAACCUAUUGUCAAUCUCUCUCUCUCUCUCUCUGGCUGUUAUGCCUGCACUCUGCCUGCACUCUACAGGUUGCAAGUCGACAACUUGCAAUUCUGGCAUCCUCUCUAUUGUGACCACCUUGAUCAGGCGUACCUGCCUUCUAUUCUGCCUUCUAUUCUCUCUCUGCUCUCUCUUGUUUAUACUCUUGCGCCAGCCAAUAGCAGGAGGCUCCGUGCAGCCUCCUGGCUAUUAUGCCACACCCAGUUCGAGUCGAACUGCUUGAUGCGCGCCCGCUGAUUGGUCGCCCAAAACCCGUGCACGGACGAAUUUG